AAASGGCUUCGUCCAAUCUGCACAACUCUACGCAUACGAGUUAUCAUACCCUGCUUCAACAAGACCAUUGUCAAUGCHGUUUUUGAUGCUCCAUUUGUCGUUUGACCAGGCCAGACUAUGACGCUGGGCAAACAUCACGAAGAGACCCCUCUCUUAGGUGCCUCGGAAUUGCCGAAUGGAUGGGAACCCGCAGAGAACGAGUCCGACCACCUYUUCCCGGAAGACAGCAACGACACCAGUCACACAAAAAUCAACGACGACUACAUCAUUUCCUUGAUUCGGAGAACCUCCGGCCUCAAGCACCAAGAAAGCACGCUCACCUUUGACAACACCACCGGCGAGCGCAAAGAACUGCUAGUGGCAGUGGYACCAGAACCAAAGGGCACGAGCUUUGGAGAAACAAUCAUUCACYUGGUGAAGGGCUACAUCGGAUGCGGGAUUUUGUCUCUUCCGUGGGCCAUYAGCCAGCUUGGAAUCCCGCUUGGAUUGCUGGCGAUUUCGAUYAUGUCYCUUUGGAGCUCCUACAACUGUUGGACCGUUGUCAAGCUGAAGCGGUACAUCGAGCGCACCACYAUUKCAGAUACCAAUGGAGAGGAGGAGGAGGACGAAGAAGAAGACGAGGACAACUCGGACAACGACUGCGAAGAGGAACCCACAUCGGAGCCCGACGACGACGAAGCCUCUAAGAUUUCCUAUCUUGCGUCGGCCAGCGUCGCAUCCUCUAACGUGACGUACCCRGAUGUCGGGGAGUGGGCCUACGGGAGGCAGUUCCAGGCCUACGUGGCCGUUUGCAUCUGCGCCCAGCAGCUGGCCAUCUGCACCGUUUUUUGCAGCUUUGUCGGGGAAAACGUCUACGCGACGCUCUCGUUCCUGGGCGUGGGUGGACCCUUUCUGACCCGGAGGGCCGUGGCGACCGGCUGCCUUCCAUUUUUUGUUGGCCUCAGCUGUUUCCUGCCGAACCUCCGGAGCAUGGUCCCCUUUAUGACGCUGGCCACUGUGYUGAUGGUGUCGGGYUUUGCCACCCUGGGAUGGAUCGGCCUUCUAGAGUGGGGAGACAGGCCACCGCUCGGCGAGCUCCCCGGGCUCACAAUUGAUCGCAGUGCCGCCAUGGCCCUGUGCGGGAUUCUCUACAGCUUUGAGGGGAUCUGUAUUAUCCUGCCGGUKGAAUCUUCCAUGAAGCAAUCMAGCAGGCGGGACUUUGGGCCGGCAUUUGGGAUCAGCAUGGCGAUCAUCACGAUGCUCCUGUGUGGGAUGGCCGCGAUGGGUGUCCUUGCCUUUGGGGAGGUUUCUAACGGAAGCAUUACGGCGUUUCUGCUCGAGAAGUACAAGGGGGAUCGGGCUAUUACUGUGUGGCUGAUGCUUUCCAACGCACUGGUGACGCUGAGCAUUGCGUUUUCGUACCCCCUGCAGCUCUUUCCGGCCGUCGAGCUGGUGGCCCCAGCGGUACUGAACUGGAGGAGGAUGUGGAGCCGGAGGCAGCAACGAAUGCUGCGAGAGCGAAGUGGGCUCUGGAAUCGGUUCUGGACGAGGUUCACAACGAGGGGUGGAUCCAGCCAUCGUAGAGAUAACUGCCAGAGGGAAGAGAACACCGRCRACGACGACAAUGACAAUGAUAAUGACAACGAUGGAGAUUUAGAAGGCUUCGAGCCCAUGAGAGGGAUUCCRGAACACAGUGUUCUAUCGAUACGGUCUUUGUCGUCAAUGCCAGACUCUACCUACCAGGAGAGUAACGACGAUCCCCAAAACGAUGCAGUARCAGUACCACCASCASCAGCAACACGUGAUGAUGUACAAAGCGCAUUUUAUCCAGCAGAUCCAUCUGCGAAUGGCACGAAGGGAGAAGCGCAAAAUGUUGCCACAAGCCAAGGAGCRCCACAAAACAACAACGGCGCGAUGGAUCAAGAGACGACCAAAACGGAAGAAUCSGUAUACGUUGGAGGAAUCAGCGAGUCUACAAGCUUGCUGAGUCGCUUGAGCAGCAACAUCAGCAACCAUCGAUCGAUCKAUGAUAGCGAGGACGACAGCAUGAACGGGGAUAACUUUCGAAACAGAACCAACAACAACAGCAGCGCUCAAAACGAKCAGGUGCCCCCAGCAGAGGAAUCCGCUUCGGAAUGGACCCUGCCCGGGGAUUCUCCCGUMUUGCGUGGGGCAUUGGUGGUAGGAACCUAUCUGAUAGCCAUGUCGGUUCCAAACGUCCAGUCCCURGUUUCCCUGGUCGGGGCCGUGACGGGUUCUUCGACUGCUCUGCUGAUCCCGCCGAUCCUAGAACUAGCCUACCUUUCGCACAAAGAAGCGAUGGAACUACAGCGGACGAGACCGAGACAAUCCUUUCCGCCUAUGGGGGACUGGGAGGGGGGCCCUUCGGCUGCCUCAAAGCGAUCGCUGUUUGGAUAUUCUUCAGUCGGAACUAUCCACAACAACAAAAACAAGAACGGCAACAAUCCACYACAACAAUCUGCUAGGAGCAGAAAGCGAAGGAAUCGGUAUUUCUGGGAACGAACUAUAUCAUGGUGUUUGCUGAUCCUCGGAUCAAUCUUUGCCGUGGUCGGAUCGUAUUUUUCGGUGAUCGACAUUCUUCAGAGCUACUCAUAAUUCCAUAAGGUSCUGGUUGGUUCGAUCGAUCAAGGAUUUCUAUACGCUACGACAGGGUUUCGAUCGAAAUGCGAAAUAGUUUCAUURUGCGCAGCAGUGUCGUGUCCAUUACGAAUAAAGUUUUGCGCGGGUCGGGAGGAUCGAACCAUUUUUCCUACAACGUUACCCGCGGAGUAAAGAACGAAACUUGCGUAAAUGUCUCUGCAAAACUCUGUCUUCUGUGGGAAUGGGCUAGACCAGCUAUGGUCCAGAAUGCGUCACUAUAGAUUUGGUAAAUCAUUUGAAGUAAUUCGCACAACAAGAUCGUGUGGGCUACAAAUACRUGAAAAAAUAGGCAUUCAUGCCUCCUACGUGCAUGUCAUUGCUACUAGUAUAAAUACCACUUCUGUAA